AGCUGUCUUUCUCUCAAAAGGGCACGCCGAAUGCGGCAAAGAGACGCUAUGGGUGCCGACGCCAGGGACGCCAAUUUCGCGCUGGUCGCGGAUUUAAACAUCUGCCUGCUGGCCAUUCAGGAUGUUGCAAUUGAAGGAGCAGGUGACGAUGAUAGAAAUGCGAUCUUCAAGUGCGUGCAGACCAUCAAGGAGACGGUGUCAGAAGCCCUUGCGCGAGCUGGCAAAGAUGUUCAUGGCCCUUCGGGAGAUGGUGACGAGGACGCUUUGUCCGGAGAUGUCUCGAAUUUGCUGCGGGACAUUGGAGAUCUUGCUGAAGGUGCAGUUCGACUGCAAGUCGCGCAACAGGUCACCUAUCUUCAGAAGAUGUGGUUUGUGACCAGAAGAGUGGAGGCCUUGCUUGUGGAGGAUGGGGUGCGAAGAGCGUCGGCCCUGCCCCAAUUCCUAUCCGACAUUUCCAGAAUUGCAGUUGAAGGAGCGCAUCACGAUGAUGAUGAAAAGAUGUUCAAAUGUGUGCAGAUCAUCAAGAAGAAGGUGUCUGACGCCCUUGAGCUUGCUGCUGCGAGUUCUUUUGGUCCCUUGGGAGGCGGUGACGAGGGCGAUUUGUCUUCGGAUGAUGUCAGCAUUCUGCUACAGGACAUUGGAGAUCUUGCCGAAGAAGCAGUUUCGUUGAGCGCCACAGAACAGGUGGCCACGUUCCGGAGGAUUCGGCUCAUAAACAGAAGAGUGGAGGCAUUGCUUGUGGAAUGGAAUGGGGUGCGAAGUUCAUCGGCACCCACCACCAUGCCUCGCAGCUCCGACCCAGCCGCCAGCCGGGGCCCUUCUGCCCCAACAGUUUUGGAGCCACAAGAGGUGCUGGUAGGAGGUGAGGUAGCUGCACGCCAACUGGUUGAGGAGCACUUGUCAGGACUACCACCAGCUCCUUCCGAGGAGCAGGCGAAGCAGUUGCACACCCUAGGGCAACUUAAUCGAAUCCAGGGGCGUCUUGCAGAAGCUGAGCAGCAGUACGAGCGGGCGCUGGAGAUCAUGGAGCGCUUGCAUGGAGAUGCGGACCACCCUCAAAUUCCACAAAUCCUGUUUGCCAUGGGUCAGCUAAAGGGUGACAGGGCAGACUUUGACGAAGCGAUGAUACUCAUGGAGAAGGCUUUUGACAUGCAGUUGAGACUAGAUGGCGGCGGACUGACCUCCUCAUCUGCCUCUAUUAUGAUGGGGAUGGUGUCCGUAGCGCGCAAGCUGGGAAAGUUCACAGAGGCAGAAAAAGGACUGCUGACGGUCGUGGCAGUGAGGCGGCAAUUGGCAAACUGUGGCACAAUCAGAGCAAUUCCAGAACAGGGGAAGCGCGCCGAUGUCAUGCUUGCAAGCGCGCUGUAUUCACUGGGGGCCUUGUAUUUGGAUCGGGAUGAUCAGGAAAUGGUGAAAAAGGCAGAAGAAGCGCUUAUGGAAUCUUUGAGCAUCUUCGACCAAGUUGUUCUGGGGCUGGAUGACGCCGAUGCAGCCAGUCAUGCCGCUGCGCUGCUGACUGCACUUGGUUCCCUCCGGGAGUAUCAAGGCCGAAACUCCGAGGCAGAGGGCUUUUACCAGAGGUCUGUGGCAUUGGCGCGCUUGGUCGGCUCCGAUCAGGGCCACCCUGCCAUUGCACAUUCUUUGCGAGGUUUGGGGAACUUCCUUUGCCGCCAGGGCAGGCCGGAGGCGCAAAGGUUUUUGGAGGAGUCAUGGCGGAUCUUCAAAGAUCUCUACGGAGACGAUCACUUUGAAGCCACCAAUACUUGGGAAAGCCUCCAGGCAGCUGAGGCGCUGUCUUCUUCUCCUUCUUGCGUUCUGAGCUGAGGAGUCCCAAGUUUAGAGUGAUGUCAGAGGUCAGCCCAGAGGGGGAAGUAUUCUGCUUUUUCGUGGUGGUUACUACUCAAUUCGGCACAUUUUACACGUGCCAUGGUCAGUCAUCAACCCUUUAAUAGUGGUUUCAAGAGGGGU